AUGAGCAUCCAUGGAGGAAGUGAAUCUGUCUUGGACACAACAACUAAAGCAGCUGCAGAACCACAAAUUGCUACAGCAUCACGAUCAAAUUCAGUAACAACUGCAACACCAGAAAAACCAGCAACAUCUGAACCAGCUCAAGCAACAAGACCAAUAACAGCAGCAGCACAAGCAACAGAAGCAGAAAUGGUGUCAACAAUUGUAGCAGUUCCACUACAGUCGCUGGCAGAAAAGGGGAAGGAAACCACAGGCAUCAGCAAUUACAGGGCAAAACCAACCGAUACUACAACAACAGAUCCAACACCAACAGAAAUAGUGCCAAUAAAAGAAUCAAAGCACUCGGUACCUGAUCCCUCCAUUCUGAAACCUACGUGUAGGGGCAGAAAUGCCCCAGACGGUGCUGAGGUGAUUGGCAGAUGGGAGAAGACCCAUGCUCAUCAACCACCAUUAGUGGGCGAGGAAGGGACAUCUGAGGUGUCCAUGACAGCCGAUCCAGAGGCCAGGGCGGCAGAGGGAGCCGCCGAUCCACCUGGGGGCGGGGAGGGCUGGUGGCAGGUCCAUGGGGAGGUAGCAACGGGGGGCAGUGGCGGCGACUCAAGGACCAGGUCUGUACCUGACGGAGGUAGCGGAGGAGGGGGCGGCAGCAGGAUUCGCACGGGGGCACGCGAGUGGAGCUGGUUAUGA